CAAUAUAUGUAGGCCUACUCUGCCUUAAUGAAAGUGACUAGCCCGUGGCUAAUUAUGAAGACAAUCUGUGAAUAUCCAGUGGAGGGCAGUAAAGUUCAUUUUCAGCAAAGCCACAAGAAAAAGAAGAAGAGAGAGACAUCAUCAACAGUGAAACAUGGCAAAUGACAAGGGUCCUCUGGGCCAGCUCAAGGACCUGGUGGAGCUGAAGGACCAGCUGGAAGACAUCCAGAGACGGAUGGAGGAUGAGAUACAGGCUGGGGUUCCUCCAGGAGGCAGUCUGCUGGCUUCUCCUUUUCUCAAGGGUUUUCUGGCUGGGUACAUUGUUGCAAGGCUACGUUCUUCAGCAUUACUGGGUGUUGCCGUAGGGACGUGUACAGGAAUAUAUGCAGCACAAAAUUAUGCCGUUCCCAAUAUUGAAAACACCGUCAAAGACUACAUACGCAACCUGAAAGGAGGACGCAAAUGAGAAGAGUGGAAGAAAAGUGAGGAGGAGAGACGUCUGCAAGCACAGGGUGCCAUUACAGCUGCACAUGGGAACAGAUAUUUAUUUCAAAGGUAUAAACAUUUCAAUAGUUAUUAUUUCCUCCUUCCACAUGGAUAAGUAAAUAGAAAUAUUCUAAAGUAGCAAGCCCCUUUAUGAAGUAAGGUAAAAUAGUGAUUAUUUUCGUAUUUCUUUUGAUAACGUAUACACAUACAUUUUGUGAUAAAUUCAGGAUAUAAGCAGCAUGUGGAAAGGAUUACAAUUCAGGUAAUUUAAACACAGGAGACCCCAUAUUUCUUCCCAAAAUGGUCAGUGAUUGACAUUUAAACUACUAUCUAUAAGAUAAUUAUUGUAACUGCUAUAAAUGGUUUCUGUCCUCAACCCUGUCCUCCUGCAAUAUGUGCAUUCUGAAGAGUUAUUGAUACAUAAUGAGACCAACCAAUAUCCUCAUGUGCAAGCCAGCUGUGUUGGCUAUUACACCUCCUUUCUUUAAAAGGUUCACUCGAGAGAAACACACCAUCUAUUUUGAUGUCCAGAUAGAUAUAAAGUAUUGAGUCUCUCCAAGAGGAAUUUUUUUUAAGAAAAUCGUCUGCCCUCUAGUGGUCAGAAAAUCAAUUAUAGCAGCCCUUAAUCAUUUUCCAUUUUUGCUCAGUAGGGUAUUAGAGCAUGUAAAUAUUGCCUCACCUCACACUCAUGGUGCUCUUCAGUGUAAAUCCUGUGAAAACCCUUCAUGUUUGCAGCUGUCAGAGCAAAGUGUGGUGUGGUGUGACACAUCUUUUCAGGGACAACACACCACUCCAAAUUUUAUUUUUAAAUAAAAUUAUAGUCCUCAUCUUUGUAGAGGUUCAUUCAUGACAAAUAAACCGUGACUCCAAAGACACACACGAUUCCAGAAUAAGAAGUGUUUAUCUAGAUAUUCCACCUCACACUGCUUAAAAAAGGUCAGCCUUCAGCCUGCACACACAGUUAGUAGGCUCUAUCAAAUUAAUGUAUGCCAAAGUGGAAUUUUUGUUUAAAGAUGUAAAUUAGUUUUAACUGCACUUCGGGGCUUUAACAAAACAGGAAAGUAUGUGUUAAAGUAUUAUGUAAAAUAUAUAUAUUGAGAGUGCCUACUCUGGUCUGGACUUGACAUUAUCAUCUCAUGCCAUAUGUGCAAUAGCCUUUCCUGAUGUGGUUUGGCUGCUUAUUUCAUAUGCUGGAAACUAGUUGAUCUUUUGCACUUGUAAGAAUUUUAGGGGUUUAAAGCUGUUACUUUGUCUUUCAACAAUCAAUGAUUUUGUUUAUUGUCCAAAAAAUGUCAAAACCUGUCAAAGAAAAUCUGUAUUAUAGUGACGUACCAAAACGGUGUCUGCAUCAUGUUUUGAUGAGUUGUGCGUACUGAAAGGUGUUUUUUUUUUUUUUU